AUGAUUAAUAGCUUUUCAUUAUUAUUUUUAUUUGUUCUUAUAUUUGAAAAUCUUGCAGAGUCAAUAAAAAAUAGUAAUAAUCAUUAUCUACACAUGCAUAAUAAUAUUAAAAAGAAUAACUUCAUUGACAGAGAUACUAGAGAAGCAUAUCAUCAUUGUAUAAAAGGGUCUAAUAAUAUUCUGUAUGAGAAUUAUAGAAACAAAUUUGUGCCUUUGUUUGUAUCCAAGGGAACAGAAAUAUCAAACUCCUUUUUUAAAAUAAAAAAAUCAAAGCAUGCAGAUAAUUCAGUCAAUAGUUCGAAGAGCAAUACUGAAAGUUCACCAUUUCCCCUUAAUGAGCAAGGUUAUGUUAACAUUUUAGACAAUCAUUCCAAAGAUACAAAAUGGGAAAAAAAUGAAAGAUUAAGUAAAAAAUACUUUGAUGAAGAAUAUGCAUAUAACACAAGAAGUAAAAUACAUGAUGAAACUAAAGAAAGUUUUAUAAGUGUCACAUCUAAGGAUGAUUAUUUUCAAAAUAAUUUUAGAGAAAAUAGUUACUCGAGCAAUAUAAACGAUAAGAGUACUAUUAGAAAAAAUACAAGUAAUAAUAAUAAAGGAGGUUCUUACAUAGAACAAGAAUCAGAUUAUUUAUCAAAUUAUAAUAUCGCAUAUAACAACAUUGAAGAAAAUAUGAAUAAUAUAAAUUAUGUAGCAAACCCUUCUCCUUCUUCUUCUUCUUCUUUCAUUUCUUCGUCUUCCUUUCCAUCGUCUUUUUCUCCAACUUCCUCUUUUCCAUCGUCUACUUUUCCGCCUUCUACGUCCUCCAUUAUAAAAAAGACAAAAAGCGAUAUGAUGUUAUAUGCGUAUUCAGAUGAUAUGUUAAAGGACGGUAUAAUAUUCAGUAAAAGAAAUGUUCGAAAAAAGAAGAAAAAUUUAAACAAAUUAUUUUACAGUUUUAAGACCCCAAAGAAUUCUUCAUCUCGAAACAAUGAUACAAGUGAUAUCCAGAAUUUACCUAAUAACAGUUACAGUAGCUGUAGAAAAUAUUCUAAGAGGGUUGACGUAGAUAAUGCAUAUGAGGGAAGUCUACUAGAUGAAGAGAUCAAAUUAGAAGAAGGAAAUAGGGUAUCAGGUAACAAUGCACAAUGUAAUAAGAUGUUCGAGGUAAAUGGAAGCACAUGUAGCAGUAAGAUUAAUAAAUUCGUUGAUCAUACAGAUUUUCCAACAUACGAAGAAAAAAAUUACAUAAAAAAAAAAGCGCAUGAAGAAUACGUAAAUUAUAUUAAGGAAAGACGAUAUCCUUAUUUUAAUUUUUUAAAAAAUAAAAAUGAAAAAAUUAUCAAAAAAUUGUUAAUUGCAAAUAAUGGAAUGGCAGCCCUAAAAUGUAUUUUAUCGUUAAAAGAAUGGUUAUUUAAAAAAUUUUAUGAUGAAAACUUAAUAAAAAUUAUAGUUCUAGCUACAGAUGAUGAUAUUAGAAGUAAUGCAAAAUAUAUUUCCUUAGCAGAUAAAGUAGUUAAGGUACCUUCAGGUAAAAAUAUAAAUAAUUAUGCAAAUGUACCUUUAAUAAUAGAUAUUGCAAAAAAAGAAAAUGUAGAUGCUGUUUGGCCAGGAUGGGGACAUUGUUCUGAGAACCCAUUAUUGUCUAUAUUAUUAGAAAAGGAGAAUUUAAUUUUUAUCGGGCCAACUGGUCAGGUGAUGGAAGCUUUAGGAGAUAAAAUAUCCGCUAACAUUUUAGCUCAAAGUGUGAAUGUACCUGUUGUUAAAUGGAGUGGUGAUAGCAUUAUAAUUGACAAUUUUGAAAAUAAAAUUAAAGAUGAUAUAUAUAAUAAAUCUACUAUACAUUCGUUAGAAGCAUGUAUAAAAGAAUGUGAUAGAAUUGGCUAUCCAGUUAUGAUAAAAGCCUCACAAGGAGGUGGAGGAAAAGGGAUUAGAAAAGUAGAAAGUGAAAAAGAAAUUAAAAAAGCAUAUGAACAAGUACAAAAUGAAUUACCAGAUUCUCCUAUAUUUUUAAUGAAAGUAUGUAAUAAUGUAAGACAUAUUGAAAUACAAGUAGUUGGUGACAUGUAUGGUAAUGUUUGUUCCUUAAGUGGAAGAGACUGUACUACUCAAAGAAGAUUUCAAAAAAUUUUUGAAGAAGGGCCACCAUCAGUUGUUCCUGAUCAUAUUUUUAGAGAAAUGGAAAAGUCAUCAAUACGUUUAACAAAAAUGAUAAAAUAUAGAGGAGCAGGAACUAUUGAAUAUUUAUAUGAUCAAGUAAAACAAAAAUAUUUUUUUUUAGAGUUAAAUCCUCGUUUGCAAGUGGAGCAUCCGGUGUCGGAAGGAAUAACAAAUACUAACCUUAUAUCCAUACAACUCCAAGUAGCUAUGGGUAUUCCUCUUCAAAAUAUAGAUGAUAUUAACAGGUUAUAUAAAAUUAAUGAGCGAAUUACGAGCCAAAGUACAUUACCGAUUAAAGGGGAAAGAACAUCUGAGUAUAAUCAAAUACAGCAUAGUCAAAAGCAUCAAAAUAGGGGGAAUCUUACCAAAAUGAAUGAAGAUGAUAUAUUAAACAAUACACACAUCCAUGUGAACAUACCUAAUGAUAUUUCAAAAAAUACAUCAAUGAAUAAUGUUGAUACCAUAUCAAAAGGAAGUGGUGCCAAAUGCAUAGAAAAUUUCGACUUUUAUAAUAAUACACCAUACAUAAAUAAUUAUGUUAUUGCGGCAAGAAUUACAGCAGAAAAUAGUAAUGACAGUUUUAAGCCAACAUCUGGUAGGGUAAAAAGAAUAAAUUUUCAAAAUUCAAAAGAUGUGUGGGGUUAUUUUUCCAUUAACGAUGGAUUCGUUCAUGAGUUUUCGGAUUCUCAAAUUGGACAUAUAUUUGCACAAGGAGAAACAAGAGAAGUAGCUAGAAAAAAUUUGAUUCUAUCCUUAAGGAAAUUAAAUAUAGAUGGAGAAAUAAAAACUGUUACAAAAUAUUUAGCGAAAAUUUUAGAAUCCAAAGCUUUUAUCGAUAAUGAUAUAACAACCAAUUGGUUAGAUACCAUAAUAGAAGAAAAGAAAAAUAUUUAUUAUAACACCUUUCAUAUAAUUAUAUUAUGUGCUUCUAUUUUUAAAUUGCUUGUUUAUUUUAUGAAUGAAAAGGAAAAGGUUGAGGAUAAUUUAAAUAGAGAAGAUAUUGGUAUCAUGCCAAAGGAGAAGCAUCCUCAUCACGUUAGAAGUAGCAGUAGCGGUAAAAGUAACAGCAGCGAGAAUGGAUUAAACACAAAAAUGAAGAAUGCAUAUAUUUUUGAUAUUAUAUUUCAGAAUGUGAAAUAUGAUUUCAAAGGAUAUAAUACCGGCGAGAAUUUAUACAAACUACAAAUUAAUGGUCAAGAACUAGAAAUAUUUGCAGAAUAUGAAAAGGAAAAUAACAAAAUUUUUGCUAGCUUCUAUAAUCAAACAUAUAUAUAUACAUGUUCAGAAGAUAGCUUAGGUAUACAUAUGCAUCUAGAAAAAGACAAUAUUUUUAUUCCAAAAAUAAGCAAUCCAUUUCAUUUAUUAUCCAAUACUAAUGGAAAAAUAGUCAAGUAUUUAAUAAAGGAUGGUGAGGAAGUAAAAAAAAAUGAGGACUAUAUAGAAGUAGAAGCAAUGAAAAUGAUUAUGACUUUUAAAUCAACAGAAACAGGUAUAUUAAAACAUAAAAUGUCCGAAGGAACUAUUAUUAAAAUUGGAGAUUUAUUAGGAGUUAUAGAAAGAGAUGAAAAAAGUGAACAGAUGGAAGAGAAAAAAGAGCAAGAUCAAAUUAAGCAGUUUACGCAGCAUUUAGACUUGUCAAACAAAUACGCAUAUGAAUUAAAACACUCAGAAGUAGAGCUAGGAGCUCUCCGAAGCAAGGAUAACACGAGUAGUUAUAUUAAUAGUGAUAAUUAUAAUAAUACUAAUAGUAAUACUAAUGUUACAGGUGCAACCGCACGCAGUUGUGUGAAAAAAACAGUUCCAAACGGAGAUGGAAAUAGAAAUCCCUUAAAUGAACAAGGGGAAAUGAUACAAGGGAAUACAUCCAAAGGUGUUCACGUGAACGAUGCGGUUAAUGUGCAUACUUCUAAUGUUUAUAAUGCACCUAAUACUGCCCAUGUUUCCCAUAUUGUACAUACCUCUAAGAAUUCAAACACCUUUAACAUGUCUAAAACUUCCAACAUUUCUAACACCUCUAACAUGUCUAACACGCGCCAUAAUGCGUUCGAAGUGCUGGAUAGUGACGAGACGGAGACGCUAGAUCUAAAAGGAGGGCAAAAUCGUGAAGACACUUUUUACAAAAAUGAGGAUACGUCGUUAAGUGAAGGAAAUAGAAAAAAUAGAUUAUUUUUAAAGCAAAAAAAGCAUAUAUUUCGUUUAUUUUGUAAGAGAAAUGAAAAUGAUAAUAAGAAAAAAACAGCAGUUAAUUAUCUGAAUGAUAGGUUUAAUGCUGUCAAAACAUACUUGACUAGUUUAAGUUUACCAAGCAUCAGUUCAAUACCUAAUUCUGAAACUUCAAUUCAUAAAUCUAUAUCUAGUGAUUCUGUGAACUAUGCUGCUAAUAAUGAUAGACAGCAUAAUAAUUUCGUUAAUAAUCUGGUUAGUAAUCGUUCAAUGGAUAGUGAUAAUAUGGAAAGUCUCCUAGCAGUACUGUUAACGAAAGAUCGUCUGUCGCCCCUCGAUGAUAAUACGGCUAUUAAUAAAGUAAAAAGUAAUAGUUAUAAUAGUAGUGAUAACAAGAUGAGGAGUAAUAUUAAUGAUAAUAAUGAUAUCAAUAAUGAUAUCAAUAAUGAUAACAAUAAUGACAACAAUAAUGAGGACAAUAAUCAGGACAAUAAUGACAACAAUAAUGAGGACAAUAACAAGGACAGUCUAUCUAGUGAAAUAGUUUCCACUAGAAAUAUUUCAAAUGAAAAGAUAUCAAACAGUGAUUCAUUAAAUGAAAAUACGACGAAAAAUAGUGAGUCCAACAAUAGUAUAUCGAAUAAUUAUUCCAUAGAUGACAAUGACAAAGUCAAUAGUAGUGGUACACAUUCUAAUGAUAGUGCACCUAAAUAUAAUCGAUAUAUGCUAGAUUUGCCAAAUAUGAAAAGAAUUGAAUACUUAUUAAAAGGGUAUGAACAAGAUUAUACAGAAUGUUUUAAAGAGUUAAUAAAAGGGGAUAAUUUAUUUCAAAAUGUGAAUUAUAUAUUAAACAAAUUUAUAGAAUAUAAUUCUUUAUUUUCGAUAAAAGAAAUUAUAACAGAAGUAGAAGUAUAUGAUAUAUUAUACACAAAUAUCACAGACAAGAAAAAGCAGUAUGAAAUUAUUCAUGCAUAUACAUACAAUUAUUUGAGUAUAAAAUUUGUAGAAAUGAUUCUAAACUAUUUGUUAAAUAGUUGUAAAGAAAUAAAAUUGCCAUUAGAUAUUUUAGAUAAAAUCAAAAUAUUAAAAAAUUUUAGAGGGAAAAUAUUUGGGAAUGUAGUUUUAUUGUCAAGAUUUAUCCUCUUUUUGACUAAACAUUUAGAAUUAGUUACCUAUCUUGGAAAUGCAUUAAGUUACGAUAGUUUGGAAGAGCAAGAAAGGAGGAAAUUACAUGCCUAUCUGAAAAACAGUAAUACUACCACGGUUACGGCUUCCACGAACACAUCUACCAACUCCAGCGCUAUUGAUACUAUUAAUAUCGAUAGAAACAUCUCUGCUAAUAAUAAUAAUGAUGAUGUAACAUACCUCCAAUUUGAGGAGCUAUUAAGAAAAAGCAAUAAUGAACAAGUUGUGGAAUUAUUUUUAGAGCAUUCCUGUGACAAGCAUAUGUUCAUUCCUUCGCUACUUACACAAAAGAAGAAUAAUCAUGCAUUGCUAGAAAUUUAUGUACGUAAUUUGUAUAAAUAUUUUAGUAUUAAAACGAUACCUGUUUCUGACAACUGCUUGAAAUUUUCUCUUAAUGAUUCAGAGUUUGAUAACUUAUUAAUUUUAUGUAAUAAUGAUAUGGAUGAUUAUAUAAAUAAUAUUAAUAUAAUGAAAGAACAGUUGAACUCAUAUGAUGAAAUAUUAAAUAAUGUACACAUAAUAAAUAAGAGUGAACAACUUUUAAAUUAUGUUCAAACCAAUAUAUCUAGUCUUUUGAAAAAUUGUCAUAAUGUGUACGUAUAUAAUUACUCGGGUAAUAGUUAUGGAGAUAUAUAUGAGUGGAAAAGUAAAGAAUUAGAGAACACAUUAAAAGAAAAAAAAAAAGGAAUGAAUGAAGAUGACAGAAUGAAUUUCUUACCCUAUGAAAAACAUAUUUUCUCUUUUGAAAACAGUUGUCAGAAUUAUAAAUUAAAAAAUGUAGGAGAAAAAAUGAUUAAAAAGACUAAGAUAUUCCUAGGAAUUUAUAACAAAAGUGAUAAUGAUAGGAAUAGUAAUAAUAACAGUAGUAAUAGUAGUAACAAUAGUGGUAAUAACAAUAGUACCAAUAGCAGUAAUAAUAGUAGUAUUAAUAAUGAUAAACAUGUGUCUUUAUUUGCUGAAAGAAUUAUUGAUAUGAAUGAUUUAAAACGUCGAAACAGAAUGAGGUGUGGGUCAUUGUUCGCAUUUAACGAAUCAAAAGAAACAGACAAAAUUGUCCUUUCGAAUAAAGAAGAGAAGCAAGUGUAUGCAUCCUUUAUAUCAGAAUUGAUUGAAUCAGUAGGAGAUAUAAGAAUUGCCAGAUUGAGAGAUUUGGUUGAAGACACGAAGAUAACUAGUUACAUAACAUACAGUGUGAUAAUUGACAAUUACAACAAUGAAGAAGUAGAGAAGCAAAUAAAUAAGAUCAAGGAGACGUAUAAAUAUUUCCUUAGCACAUAUAAUGAACUUUUACUAGAGAACUAUGUUAAUAAUGUAUAUAUAAAAGUUUAUAAAAAAAAAAAGGAAUAUUUAAAUAGCGGAAUAAAUAUAAAAUUAGAUAGGUUAUUAAAACUACAUGUCCUAUUCGAUAAUGAGGAAAAUGUUAUUGAACAAAUAAAUGAAAUUACCCCUUUUGAUAUUGACACUUUGUAUUUAAAAAGGAAAAGAGCACGAGAUGUCGACACUGUAUACGCGUACGAUUUUAUUAAGUUAAUAGAUAUAGCCCUGAAUAGAAUGAACAGCACUUUAAAUAAUAAUUUUAAUUACAUUAAUAGCAUAAAGGAGUUUAGGUUAGACCACAAUUCAAUACAGAUUGGAAAAGAAACAAAAAUCGAAAGUAAUGAUGAACGUAAUGAUGAACGUAAUGAUGAACGUAAUGACGAACGUAAUGGGGGGUACAUUAAUUAUGGAAACAUCGAACAUAGCAGUGAUAGAAGCGGUGUGCAUAGUACUAAGCAUAAUGAUGAGGGAAGUACCCAUGAUAGUAAUACGAGCAGUAAUACACUAUGUGAUAAACAUAACUCAUUAAACAGCAGUGAAGGGAAAUGUGUGUCCCUAUUUGAGAACUGCGAUAAUCUAAGUGCUGAUGAUGUUAGAAUAAAAAAUUCUCUUUAUUUAACGGAUAAAAUAAAUGUAGGAAAAAAUAAAACAAGUGUUAUUGGCUUCUUAAUGAAUGUAAGAACAGAUGAAUAUAAAGAAGGGAGAGAUAUAGUUUUUAUUAUAAAUGAUAUAACAACAUAUGGUGGAUCGUUCAGUGUAUUAGAGGAUGAAUUAUAUUAUGGAAUAUCAUGUUAUGCAAGGGAAAAGAAAAUACCACGUAUUUAUAUAUCUUGUAAUUCUGGAGCUAGAAUAGGUUUAUAUACUUAUUUAAUGGAUAAAAUUAAGGUAUGUUGGAAGGAUAAUAAAAAGAAAGAGCUUGGUUAUAAUUAUAUAUAUAUAACACAAGAAGUAAAGGACAAAAUGCCAAAAGAUGAUAUUGUAUUUUUAAACGAAAUUAUGGAAAAUAAUGAAAAGAGAUAUAUUAUUGAUGGCAUAGUAGGAAAUUUAAAUAAUCAUAUAGGAGUAGAAAAUUUAAGAGGAAGUGGGUUAAUCGCAGGAGAAACAUCAAAAGCAUAUGAACAAAUUUUCACCUUAUCCUAUGUAACAGGACGAAGUGUUGGAAUAGGUGCAUAUUUGGUUAGGCUUGGAAAAAGAAUUAUUCAGAAAAAAGGGUCAUCUCUUUUAUUAACUGGUUUUAAUGCUUUAAAUAAAAUAUUAGGAGAAAAAGUUUACGUUAGUAAUGAGCAACUGGGUGGGGUAAAAAUUAUGAUGAGGAAUGGAAUAUCUCAAAUAGAAGCUGAAAAUGAUCAAGAUGGGAUAAAUAAAAUUUUCAAGUGGCUAUCUUACGUUCCUAAAACGAGCAUUGAUUACUAUGACGUUAUUGAAAGGGCAGAAGAGGAUGAAACGGUGCAGGAAAUGGAGGAUAAACAACAAAACUAUGACAGCUCCACUAGACCAUGCAUGUUAAGAGGUACUGGAAGCCCAGGAAAAAACACAGAACCAAAGAAGGCUAGAAAACAAGGUGAUAACCGAGAAGAUUACAUUGAUGGUCACAUAUAUAGUAUCACAGAUGAUAAGGUAGAUAGUAAUUUCCAGAACAUAGGAGUAAAAAUAUGCGAACCAAUUAGCCUAGCAGGAACUGGUGAAGAGUCAUUUAGCAAAAAUAAAAAUGGCCAUACCAAAUUACAAGAAGAGCAAAGCUCCAAAGCGAAAUUUUUUAUUAAGCAGAUAAAUGAUAUGGACUCAGAUGAUUUGAACGAUACAGAUAUUGUUGAGUUAAUAAGAGGAACUGAUACAAAACAGGGAUUUUUAGAUAAAAAUAGCUACUUCGAAUAUAUGAGUGAAUGGGGAAAAGGAAUUAUAGCAGGAAGAGGAAAAUUAGGUUCAAUACCAAUUGGUUUUAUUGCUGUGAAUAAGAAUUUAGUAAAACAUGUCAUUCCAUGCGAUCCAGCAUUAAAAACAAAAACUAUUAAAUCAAUACAUGCUCCUUGUGUAUUUUUACCAGAUAAUUCAUAUAAAACUGCACAAUCUAUCGAAGAUUUCAGUAAAGAGAAUUUGCCUUUGUUUGUUUUUGCUAAUUGGAGAGGUUUUUCUGGAGGUACUAUGGACAUGUUCAAUAGUAUUUUGAAAUUUGGAUCUAUGAUAGUUAAUCAGUUAGUUAAUUAUAAACACCCUGUUUUCGUUUACAUUCCAAUUGGGGGUGAGUUAAGAGGUGGAUCAUGGGUAGUUGUAGAUGAAACUCUGAAUAGUCAAAUAAUUGAAAUGUAUGCAGAUACGUACAGUAAAGGGGGUAUACUAGAACCACCCGGUAUUGUUGAAGUGAAAUUUCGAUUUCCAGAAAUCAAGAAAUUAAUGCACAGCAUUGAUUCGUCUAUAAUUGCUCUGAACGAGAAGUUGUUAAAUGCGCAGGAAGACGAGGAUAUAAUUAAAAUAAAAAAAGAAAUCGAAGAGAAGGAAAAAGAACUUUUGCCAUUUUAUUUACAAGUAUGCCAUAAAUACGCAGAUCUACAUGAUGUGUCCACAUGUAUGCAAUCGAAAGGAGCAAUUAGAAAAAUAGUCCCUUGGAAAAAAGCGCGUUCCUUUUUUUAUUAUCGCUUAUUAAGAAGAUUGUUAAUAAAUAUAUUGAAUAAAAAAUAUAGCAGUAAAAUAUCAAAAAAUGACGAAAUAAAGAAGCUUCUUAACAGCAUUACUGACUCGGACGUGGGUGACUAUGAAGCAUGUAAAAGAAUUCUAAAUGAAAACACUUUGAAUUAUAUAAAGAAAUUAACUGACGACAUAUUAUACAAAAAUAACUUGGACGACUUUUACGAGGCCUUUGAAAAUUUAUCGAGAAGACAAAAAAAGGAGCUUUUUAAUAAAAUCAGUUCUUAUAAAUUUUAA